GGUAAAAUGACGAUUUUAAUCAGAUUCUUUGUUUUGGGAUUGAUUUUAAAUUCUGUGUUUUCCUUGAGACAGCCGGCGUACUCAAGAAACAAAUGGCAGAGUGGGGGCAGUGGUAAAAAUAGAAAUGUGAAUACGAACUGCGACGCUCUGGCCAAAAGUUCGUCAUGUGACUUCUACAGCGCAUGUGUAAAGACGGAUGUGACGUCAUGCAGCCUCAGAGAUGCAGCCGAAGACUUCUGUCAGAAAGCCAGGGAUGGUGAGCGGGAACUAAACAGCCUGGGCAAAAGUACCUCACAGAUGUGAGGACGUGUCUUCAGAAGAACCUUCAGGAUCUUGAUGCCGCCACGUCUUGUGACUCAACAGACCUCGGACGUGUUUUCGCGAGAUCUGAUAUCAAGUCAGAUUGUAUUUACCAGAAUGUCACUUUAUGUGCCGUUCUCAGCUCAACGGAAAACGUUUUUACUCUUCUGGAAAUAUUCUCCAGCUUGGAGUCUGGAGGCUUCUCACGACAAUUCAUCGCUCGAUUUCAGGCCCUGUCUCAAGGUUGUAACGAAAGAGCCAAAGAAAACAUCGAAAACAUAUUCCCCAAGGAGUUUCAGGACAUACUGAUUCCGAAACCUGAUGCAAGAACAACCCCGAGAGCGGACAUUACGACUUCACCGACAACACCAUUUACAUCCUCGGCAGCAACUACUCAGACGAGCAUCGACUUACGAGGAACAGAUUGUGAAACGCUCAGUAAACGCACUACCUGCGACUUCUUUCCUGCUUGCAUGAAACCGGAUUUGACUUUCUGCGAAUUACGCUUGGACACUGAAGACUUCUGUAAACAAACAAGAUCAGCUGAGGAAAAAUUUGACUCUUUGGGCCGGAAGUACCUCCAGGACGUCAGAGUGUGUCUACAGAAGAACUUGCUAACAAAUGACGACGUCACUUCGUGUAACGUCAACCAAGGUGGUGGCAUGGAACAGGUGUUUGCUCCGUCUGGCAUCAAGUCUGACUGUCUGUAUCAAAACGUAUCCCUGUGUGCAGUGGUCAACUCAGUAUCAAAUGUCCAGGCGUUGUUUGAUCUCUUUACCUCCCUUCAGCCCGGACCAUUCCAAAAACAAUUCAUAUCCCGAUUUGAUGCUCUGGUGGAUGGAUGUAACGAAGGCGCUAGGCAGAAGUUCGACUCUAUCUUCCCUGAGGAUGCUACGGAAAUCCUGACUCUGCUGGAUGAUACAGUUCGAGCCCUCAGGGAAUGUGAGAGGCUGGCCCAGGAUGGUAACUGUGAGUUCUACACCCAGUGUGUCAGUGUGGGCGUGGACACAUGUUACGCUCGUGAUGAAUCCAAAGCAUUCUGCAAGCAAACCGAAAGUAAACAGGACAAUCUGGAUACGAAGGGUCUCACCUACAUCCAGAACGUGAGAAAGUGUUUGAUGGAGAACCAGCUACAACUGGGAGACUUCAUCCCAUGCGAGACACUCAAUCCUCAGAUAUUUAUGGCACUCAUUCAACCCAAUGGAAAAGCAUCCGAUUGUCUGUUUCAAAACCGCACGGUGUGUACGGUCCUCAACGACCCUGAUAACGUCCAGGCCAUUAGAAGCAUGUUUUAUUCAGAUGGUGCGGGAGAAGUGCAGAACAGAAUUGCAUCCUACAUGGGUCUGCUGGUGCAGCAAGAGUGUGGUCCCGGCGCCCAGGCAAUACUGGACACUCUCUUCCCAUCUCCAUCUCCGAAAGGAUGUGACGCAUUCCUCGUGAACGCCUCUUGUGACUUCUUCCCAUCAUGCCUUGCUGUUGCAACAUCCAACUGUCGUAUAGGAACACAGGUUCAUCAGUACUGCAUCAACUCGGAGAACAAACAGGUGGAGUUUGAUGCUAUGGGUGUCACCUACAUAGAAAACGUCCGGCGAUGCCAGAUCAAGAAGCUUCUUCCCCUGGCGGAAGAGCGUGAAUGUAACGACGUCGCUGUCCCGGCGUUGGAGACGUUGACUAAAGUGCCCGGAUGUUUAUGGCAGAAAGGAGAGUUCUGUAAACUAGUCAGCACAGAAAGAAACUGCAACGCGCUCUUCCAUAUCUUUGGUCUUGGAGGAACCGAUUCAGACAUCAAAAGCAAAUUAUUUUUCACUUUCAACAACCUUGCAUCUCAAUGUACCGCUGAGGAAAAAAAGUCCUUUGUGGCCUUCUUCUCCACGAAGUAUCUGAACAGCAUCCAGGACGACAUAGCAGCCACCACUACCACGGUAACAACACCGACCACAGCCAGAUCUACCAGGCCGAUGAUGAUGGGAUUCAAUGGUGAUUAA